AUGUCUGAUGAAAAAUAUGUUUUAUUCAAAGAGAAUUGGCAGAAAGAUGAUAUUCCGUAUGAUGAUUUGGACUUGCCUGCUGGUUUGAUGAAUAUAUCGUCUGGUGCGAAAGAUAAUUUAUUACAACAGUUUCUAUCUGGGGCAGAAGAUAAUGAAAAUGAUCUUGCUAUAAUAAAUGGAAGUAAUCCGAUGUUCAAUAUUUCAUACACAAGUAGGUCUAAGCAGAAAGCGCGCAAUUUGAAUUGGAAGGAUCUUGGGCUCUCGGAAUUUCUAAAUGAGAAGGUCCGUGUUCCCGACACAGGGAUAUUAAGGAGACCGAAAUUUGGUGAUCCUGGUAUUGUUUUAAAUAGUUACACUGAUGAAUCCAGUAACGAUGAUAAAGAUGAACUUGAAAGUGGAGCGCAGGUGCAGAUAUCACCAUAUCAGGGGGAUACAACAUUCCAAGGAAAGGUUAAUGAUUCCAGUAGCUUUCCUGUUAACAGAAUUCAACCAAAUGGUUCUUUCACCACCCCUGUUGUGACGAAUAGGACUAUAUCACAAAAUCUUGAAACUAUGAAUACAUUUAGCUCUCAGCAGCCAAAGAAGCAGUAUCGUAAUCAAGAGGCAUUAAAGGUCUCAUCUGCUAGCAGCCGCGCAUUUUCGGAUGGUUAUGAACAGGACGACACACAACAGACCAGGAUAAUACGUUAG